UGACUUUUUUUUGUCUGUACGUUUUGGCAAAUCUCAAAACAUUUCCCGGGAACGGCUGCAACUACCAAGGCAGCAAACAAACUAACCUAACCAAGCAACGAAUAGACAGGCUGAAGAGAGAGAUCCAGAGAAUCAAAGUGUAGGGGAGGAACCUCCUUCGAUUCUGUGGGGACUGGACCCAAUGUUCAACGCUUAUUCCAGGCUCUAUGUCAAAGACAUCCUACAGAUGAGAGAAUCCUGUCAAGUACCAGGAAUCUAUUUCUACAACUCACAUCCAAUUUUCAAAGUAGAUGUGCUUGGGACUGUAGUGUACAAGCGAGAAAGAGAAGACUUCUUCUGUUAUGGGGUGGAUGAUGGCACUGGUGUUAUAAAUUGCCUUUGCUGGAAAGAUGAACAGUGUAAAGAUCAGGGUGACACUGCUAAAUCAGGUGCCACGUCCCUGGGCAGCAGCACUCACGGAGGCUUUGACCCAGCCAAUGAACUGAAGAAGCUCUGUCAAGCCCAACGCUGCCUCUCCACCCUGGACAUCGGGGAACUCCUGAGGGUACGAGGGCCUGUCAAGACCUCCAGGCAACAGAGGGAGGUCAUGGCCUCUACAUACUAUAAGGUGUCGGACCCGGUGAUGGUCGUCCAGAUCUCUUGGAUGAUGGAGGUUCCUCGCCUCUACAGGGAGUGUUAUGACAAACCACUUCGCCUGGAGAACGGUGCUCAGGACCCUAACGCACCAGGUACCUCGGCUGUGUCCCUUCUUGGCAAAGCGACACGAAUUCUAAAGGACUUCCUGAAAGACAGAGAGGUCACUAGGUUCAGACCGUACGAUAUCCAGGAGAUUCUACAGCCACUGGUCUCCAGCCAACCCCAGAAGACAAUGUCCAAACAAGAGCCUCAGGCUGGUUCAUCAUCGGGUCUCUCAUCGUCCUCCAAUCAUCUCAGGCAGCUCCUUAGAGAGAGCCUACAGACCCUGAUGGAUGAAGGCUUGGUGUUCCGCAAGGUCAAGUCCCAGGAUGAAGUUUACCACGUAACAGAGCAGGACAAAGAUCUGCUGAUGGCCAUCAGAGAUAUAAUCAAGGAAGAUUGUCGACGAGAGAAAUAUGCCGAAAAGGGAUGCCACGUCCUGCACAUACUAUCCAGCGUUAGACAGAGGUACAGUCAUAACGUGAGCAAGGCAGCCUUGGAGCUGGCUCUCAAAGCUCUGGAGUGUAAUAGUGACAUUAUCAGCACUAGAGACAGCCAUUACGCCGUGUUCUGACAGAGACGUUCUUGAAUAUUCCAGAAACUGAUACUAUCUGAACUGUCUGAUACGAAACAUACAUUCCGUUUUCGGUUGCAAUAUAAAAAAUUUUAAAUAUGGAAUAAUGCUAACUAAUGAAUGUUGACUUACUGAAAAUAAUGUCAUAGCAAUCUUCUACUAGAAUAUAACAUCACAUUUGUAAACAUGGCCGUCCUCAAGAUAUACAGUACCAGUCAAACAUUUGGACACACCUCAUUCAAGGGUAUUUCUUAAUUUUUUAUAUUUAUUCUACUGUUGUAUUGUAGAAUAUUAGUGAAGACAUCAAAACUGUGAAGGAACCCAUAUGGGAUCAAGUAGUAACCUUGAUAGUAUUAAACAGAUCAAAAUGCAAGUGUUCUAGGUCAUUGUCCUGUUGAUAGUACCACUAUGCGCAAACCAGAUGGGAAGGCGUAUCGCCUCAGAAUACUAUGGUGGCCAUGCUGUUUGAGUUUGCCUUGAAUUCUUCAUAAAUCACAUAGUAUCACUAGCAAAGCACCCCCACGCCAGCACAUCUCCUCCAUGCUUAACGGUGGGAACCACAUAUCCAGAUAUCGUCUGUUCAUCCACUCUGCGUCUCACAAGGAUAUGGCACAAGGAUAUGUCUCUAAUUUGGACUCAUCAGACAGAUUUACAGAUGUCCAUUGUUUGUGUUUCAUGGUCCUCUUUCUGUUGGUGUCCUUCAGUAGUGUUUUAUUUGCAGCAAUUUGACCAUAAAGGCAUGAUUGACACAGUCUUCCAUUAACAGUAGAUGUUUUUUUACUUGAACUCUGUAAAGUGUUUAAUUGGGGUACAAUCUGAGGCUGGUAACUCUAAUGAUCUUACCCUUUGUAGCUGAUGCAAAUCAGAUGUCAUUCUUUGGUCUGGCUGUCCUAAUGAGAUCAGUUUCAUCAUAGUGCUUGAUGGCUUUUGCAAUUGCAAAAUGUUCUUGAAAUGUUCCCAGUCUGACUAACCUUCAGGUCUUAUGCUAAUCUUUAAUUGUUUGAGCUGUUCUUCCCAUGAUAUGGACUACUACAGGACAGACAUAAUGGUCUUCUGUAUACCAACCCUGCAUUGUCACCAUCUGUAUACCCAACCUCACGCAUAAAAAAAUAAUAAUUCCACAUAUGAACCUUUAAGGAAGCACUCCACAGGUGUCUGCCCCAUGAAGCUGGUUGAGAAAAUGGAAAGAGUGGGCAAAGCUGUCAUCAAGGCAAAGGAUGACUACUUAAUCUAAAAUAAACAUAUAUUUUGUGUUAUUUAACACUUUUUUGGUCACUAUGUGAUUCCAUAUGUUAUAUAGUUUUUUAUGUUUUCACAGUUUUUCUAAUAUCUGGAAAAUUCCUAAAUAAAGAAAUACUGUUGAAUCAGUAGGUGUCCAAACGUUUGGCUGGUACUGAAAGUGUAUGAUAUCAAACCUGCUGAGCUAUAUACAUUAGUAUAUUUUGAUAUUUUUAAUGUACAGGACAAGCGUUUUUGCUGGUGACAAUUUAAAAACAAUACAUUUUAAUGAUGUGAAUGGAUACGUGUAUUGAAUUCUACUUUCGUGGGCUUCCACACGGGGGCAGCAUUUCGUCGUUGAAUUGCGCCGAGCUAAUGCCGAUCGCUGAUUGGUCGACGCUGGAACAUCUGUAUCCAUACAUCCAAGCUAUUUAUGAGAACAGCCUAUAGCGGCUUAUGACUCAGUUGCCACCGCUGUCAAAGCAACUGCGAGGCAUAAGAAGCAAUAUGGGACAGGUUAUGCUCUGUAGGCCAAUAAAGAUAACACCAGCCUAAACAUGUAGUCUAGAUAUAAUUAUGUAUUGUUAUUAAUUCAACAAAUAAAACUUUCGAUAAUACCGAA